ACAUUACUGCAGUGAAAACUGAGAACUUCCCUGACCGCCCAGUUUCCCCUAUCAUUGUCCUUGUCUGAUGGAGUGACGUGAGUAUAACUAACACAACAAAUAUAAUAUCUUUAAUACGAGUCAAAUAGUUAGUUUCUGUGAUAGAGUGGUUAAAACAGGAGCUUUUUCUCGAGUUAAAUAUGUCCUUUUAUCAGCUUCACGGUGAGCUGUCAAAUUAGCCUGUUAGCUUUGCUAGCUCUCGUGCUAGCUGCUGGCAGCUGUUACCGACUAACGGUUGAUACCUUAUUUUCUGUUCACCUGAAGAGCUGUUUCACUCACCUGCCGGGCCAUAAGAGACUUGAUUUUCUGCAUUGUAAAUCCCACUCGUGUCAACAGAUAGGUGCUAUAACAAAGUGACAGUCCUGUUUUGUUGUCAACGAAGCGCCUCCAUCACUAUGAGUGGGAAGCCAUAGUUGACCGUCACGUGAACACCGGAAUGUUUCAUGGUAUCAUGGGAAAUGUAGUAUAUACGAUCAAGUGGCUGUCUGUAAUUGCCAAAUGUUCUUAGUUAGAGAUAAAACAAAGUCUGAGGUAUUUGAACUAUAUUUAAAUAUAUACAUAUACAGUUUAAGAUUUCAAAAAACGAAUCGUGCAUCAAUCCAUUCACAUACCUGCUCUGUUCUGGUAUUAAAUACAUGUACUGCCGGUUUGCCCCACUAGGUGGAAGUAAUUCAACAUGACAGUAUUGAAGUAGACCACAAAUGAAAACUGUUACUCCACCACUAUGUUUUAUCAGUCACCGAGAAGGUGGGUGUUGAUAAGAUAUAUUUCUGUGAUAUCAGAAAAGGGACAUGUAUUAACAAGUAAAUCACUAUUCAAUAAAUAUAUAUUCAAAGAAACACCUGGUCUCUGAUUACAUCAAAAAUAUCUGUGAGAUUGGAUCCACAGUUGGUGCAAAAGUUAAAUGAUCAAAUGAAUCUAUAAUUUUCUCUCUAAAAGUAAUUAUUCUUGCACUUUUGGUAUUUGGUAUUGAUCAGAGCAUUUUGUGCACAUACAAUUAUUGAAUAGCCUUGAUAUCAUUUCGUCUAAAACUGCUUAGAUACAGUAUUUCAAAUUUUUGUGUGACAUCAGCGCUCAGUUAUCCACUUCCACUGUUUACUUUUGUGAGAGUUAUCAUUUCAUCAUGUCAACCAGGUCACAUGGAAUGAUAUCAUUUAUGGCUCAUUGCCAUAAAGCCCGAGGUUUACCAUGUAAUUAGACCCAGCUAUGCUUUAUCAGCUGAUCAAAAUAAUGACAAAAAGGCUCAUGCCCUCCAUCCCAUGUGUCUUCUAAUUGCCUUGUCAUGUGUUUUAUUUUGGCUGUGUUUGGUUAAAAGCAGACAGCAUGCAGCAGACAGCAGGCACUGAGAGCUCUAGUUCCUGGUUAAUGAUGCCUCAGGCUAUUUCCCAGUCAAAUGAAGGUGAGGCCGCUCUCCUCAGGUGAAUUUACUCUGCUGUUGUUUGUUAGGCAGUCAUCCACAGAGCGGCGCCUCCCUUUAAGCACACACAGAGACGGAACAGAUGGCAACCCCUACCCGGAGAUGCCAUCACUAAGACAUAGCACACUCAGUCGGUCACUUCAUGCACUAUAAUUAGAGCAAGAUUCAUUAAACUGCUUGUUGUUAUGCAAGGGAGCAUCAUGACAAGCAGCACUUUAUGACUCAGAGUGAAAAUAAGUUUUGUAAUAGUGAAAUUUAUUUUUGAAAACCUUUCUAUCUCACUGUUCUGUGUGGGAAAAAAAAGAGCCAUCUCAUUUUAAAACUGUCAGUUUGCAGCUUCAGUAUGACUUAUUCUAGACAUCUGUGUGCAACAGCAUUAAAAUGUAUUCAAACAGAAGAGAUGGCACAAUGGGGAUGACACAUUGUUUUGGUAAUAAUCAUAAUCAUAAUCGUUGUUGAGUCAGCAGAAAGCAAGCUGUUGCUCUCUUAAUGUGAUACAUUAGCUGUUGGAGACAAAUUUUCUGUAUUUUUUAACCAAAUUUUGUUUUGAAUCUAUCUGCUUUUGUUCAUCUCCUUAUUCCUCCACCUGAUCUCUCUUUCAAGUAAACACACAAAGAAGCUAACAAGCACACACAUUUUCAUCUACUCGUGACAAGGUGUCAGCAGGAGCAGGUGGAGGGCACUCUGCCACAUGCUGAACCAUCCGUCUGUUGUUGCCCGUCUCCAGAUCUCGCCAGGUACAUCGCACACCAAUCCAGCAAAGCUGAGAGAGAGGCAAACACUGUGCUGCAAUUUCAAGACUCUGAACACAACACUUGUGGGAAGAGAGAUUGCAGCCAAGACAUCAGACAAAGACUGACUGUGAAGCAGCAGAACUGACAUCUUUGCUGGCUUUAGUUAUUUGUUUUUUGUCUUUUUUUCAGGAUCUGCAAGUGAGAAAGUGUUCAUUUCAAGCCAUGCUGCCAAUUUGUUAAAAAAUACAUUAAAAAGUACUGAUAUAAAUGCAGAAA